AUGGGCAAGAUUAUGCGACCCGGAAAGUAUCCACGAAAGGUGACCACCCGGAUGGGCAAGAAGCAACAUGAAAGCCGAAACAAGGUGAAGCCAUUCGUCAAGGUGCUGUCCUACACCCAUCUGCUGCCCACACGCUACACCCUCGAUGUCAACUUCGAGAAGGCUGCCGUCAACAAGGAGUCGCUGAAGGAGCUCGGAAAGAAGACGCGUGCUUGCAUCGAAGCGAAGGCCCGCUUCGAGGAGCGGUACAAGACCGGCAAGAACAAGUGGUUCUUCAUCAAAUUACGUUUC